AGAAAUGGAGGGAGCGACCGAGAGCAUCGUCUGAAAGCCAGAGGCACAGUGAAUCAGGACAGUCUUCCUCUACCCAUGUCUGCGCUGGUCGCUGUCGAACAGAACCUGGAUAAUCGCUGGAGAAACAGACCAAUUUGGAGCCCUCUCAGCUGGUUGAGUUGCUGUGGCUGACAGAUCCUUGGCUCAGUGAUUUGGACAAAUAUUUGGAGGUGGUUGGGUGGCUGGUGCUGGCAACUUGCUGAAGCAGCAGAGACCAAGACAGAGGCUACCUGAGGUGGACCCGUGCCCAGGGCUGAAGGCAGCAUGUUCUGCUUCUGUCUGCAGAGCUCCCUGCUCAAGCUGCAGGCUCUGGAGGGGGACAGCUGCUCCUCAUUAGGACCCUCACCAGACAACAGUCCCCCAGCUCUAACACCAUCUCAGACCCAGACCCACACCCUUAGCCCAGCCCUGGAUGGUAAGCAAGACAGCCAGGCCCUCUGCCACAGCUACCCAGGACGGGAGAAUGGCCCCCCAGACCUUAUGUCCUUCCUGUGCUCCCCUCAGUCAGAGGGGGAGUCACCCCGCAGCAACCCCCCCCAGCAGAGUCCAGGACCCAGCCGCCUGCUGCACCAUAUCACCGACGGAAACAGCCCACUGCCCUCCCCACGCUGCCACAGUCUCAGCCAGCGCUUCAACUCUGACCCCGACACUGCCCCUUCACCCCCCAGCUCCCAGCAAUUCAUACUCGCCCGCGGGCUUGACAGAGCCGACCUGCCUGAGGAGAGUAAGGACUCCAGUGUGCCUCUACUCACCAAGCACAUCCAGACCCUCAAGAAGAGGAUACGCAAGUUUGAGGAGCGAUUUGAACUAGAAAUGAACUAUAAGCCUUCACACAAUGACAAAAGUGCCAACCCUGAGAUGUUUAAACUCAUGACUGAUCUGGCCAAGUCUCGCAAGCAACUCAAAGAACUGAAACUGAAGCAGUCUGUGUUUGAGGGGAGGGAGUGCACGAGCGAUGGACAGACAGGAAUCUGCAGGUACGGAAGUGUCCAGCAGGGGGCGCCAGAUCACAAGCCUUCCCUGGAGGAGACGGUGGAGGCUCUGCUGAGGAGGCUGAGGGAGAAGCGCCACGACCUGGGCCUGCCAGACAACAUGAGGGAGAUGACCCAAAGACAGAUGGCCCUGGAAAAGAUGACUCUGCAGAAGUGUUUGCUGUACUUCGAGAGCCUCCAUGGCCGGCCGGGCACUAAGCAGGAGAAGAUCCUGGUGAAGCCUUUGUAUGACAGGUACCAGAUGAUCAAACACCUGCUGUGUACCAGUCCCAUCACUACCAUUGAAGAAGAGGAGGAUUCUGAUGAAGAGAAUGUCCAGCACUGCCCCACACCCCCUUGCCAACGUUUGCAGCCACUGACCACUGAGGAGGAAAGCGACCGGGAGAGUGACACGGCCUUCGUAUCCCCGCUGGACGAGGUCAAAGCAGUCCGCCUUCCGGCCAUCACCAUGGCCAACCUCCAUGAGGCCUCCAGGUCCGAGCUAGUGGUCUGCCUCAGAGAGACUCGCGUGGAGAAGAAAAGGCGACGUAAAGCCUUGAGGGAGUUUGAGGAGGAGUUCUUCAGACAGACAGGAAGGACUGCCCAGAAGGAGGACCGCACACCCAUGGCAGAGGAGUACCAUGAGUACAAGAACCUCAAGGCUAAGCUCCGCCUCCUGGAAGUCCUUCUCAGCAAACAGGAAACCACAACAAAAACUGUCUGA